AUGUCGGAUGCUCUCCAGCGUUCUCCGGGCAGUCGACGCCAGCGCCUCCGCCUCCGCCGCCGCAUCGCGCUUCCGGCGCUGCUUCCGCCGCCUCCGCCUCCGCCUCCGCCUCCGCGGCUGCCGAUGCUCAACGCGGCGUGGGCGCUGUGGUGGCUCCACCCCCCAAAGACGGGCACGUCGUUCCGCGACUCGGUGCUCGACUACCCGUGGUCUGCCUAUCGCGACACCACUUGGCCGCAAGGUUGCCACCAGGUGCUCGGCCUCGACAUGACGGAUCGGAUCCAGAGGCCGGGCGCACAGGUGGUCGCCAUGUUCCGCCAGCCCGAGGACCGGCUGGUGUCGGCCUACUUCCACAUGCGCGACCUGCUGCGCAAGCCGCGGCCCAAGGGCGUGCGCGGCCUGCCACGGCUCGAGUGGCCCCAGUCACCCGUCGGCUGCUGCUGGAAGGACUGGGGCUGGGAGCCCUCCGUCUUUGUGCGUGUGCACAAGGACGUCGCGGCGGCGGUCCCUCCGGAGAGGGCGCUCGCCCGCUUUACAGGCUGCAUGACCAACAUG